AUGGCGGAUACGAAUGCUCCCAAGCCGAGCAGCAGCGUCAAGCUGGUGCUCUUGGGCGAGGCUGCCGUUGGAAAGUCAUCGCUGGUCCUGCGGUUCGUCAAUAACGACUUCCAGGAGAACAAGGAGCCUACUAUUGGUGCGGCCUUUUUGACCCAAAAAUGCAACCUGCCCACCCGGACAAUCAAAUUCGAGAUCUGGGACACGGCGGGCCAGGAGAGGUUCGCCUCACUUGCGCCCAUGUACUACCGAAAUGCCCAGGCCGCCCUCGUCGUCUACGACCUCACUAAGCCAACCUCUCUCGUCAAGGCCAAACACUGGGUCGCCGAACUGCAGAGACAAGCCUCGCCGGGAAUCGUCAUAGCCCUGGUGGGAAACAAGCUCGAUCUGGCUGGUUCUGGUGACGCUCGCAAGGUCUCGACGGAGGAGGCCCAAGCCUACGCCGAGGAGGAGAGCCUGCUAUUCUUCGAGACGAGCGCCAAGACGGGCCACAAUGUAUCCGAGGUCUUCACGGCGAUUGCAAACGCAAUUCCUGAGACGUCCCUGAAGUCGGCGAGGGCGGCCGGCGCUAGUGCGGCCGCCACCAGGGCAGGCGAGGAGCAGAGAGUCAACUUGGGAGGGCCCCGGGACGCGGGAGCCAAGGACGGCUGCGCCUGCUAG